AUUUUCGGAAAAGAUUUAUUUCUAUUUACAUUUUUAUAAAAUAAAUAAAUUUGACAUAUUGCUUUGAAGCUGUCUUCGAUAAAAGAAAUUUUAUCGUUCGAUAUUCGACUAUCGAAUAUUUCUCGCUGCGAUAACAGAUUACAGUACAUGUGGUAUUUUUGUUUCAAGUGUCAACAGUUAUUAAUGUCAAUAGUGUUUUAUAUUUAUAAAUGUCAAACAUUUGAAAUAGAAAGACAUGUCCGCAAAUAAGGAUAUUAAUAUAUUAAAGGAUCAAGAUGAGAAAAACAAGUUAAAAGUUUAUUGUACAUUUUGUCCAUCAAAAAUGCUUAAUGCUGGUGUAGCCCGGCUAGUUAAUAUUGAGUUUAAUCUACCCUAUAUACAUCGUAAGGGAGAGGGUGAAGCUGAUCAACAAGAAUUGAUAACCGAUUAUUGGUUGGUGGAGGAUAUGUACACAUUUGAAAAUAUUGGUGUUUCUCAUACAGUAGACAAUGUAAAAUAUUUAGCAUGUGCUGAUUGUGAAAGAGGUCCAGUGGGUUGGCAUGAUGUAUCUACAAAGAAAUCGUAUAUCGCGCUAAGUAGAGUUAAGCACGAAUAAUUAAAUAAAGUUAUUUUUUAAUUUUAUAUAAAAAAAAAAAACGGCCUAUUUUUUUUAUCUAUUUAUGCAUUAAAAAUAUAGAAAUAAGAAAAAAAUCUCAAAGAAUGUUUGAAGGAAAUCAUUUCUGAAAACUACUACUUUGCUAUUUAAGUUGAUAAUUUAAUACUUAAUCACGUACGUUACAAACACAGCCGAUAAAUCAGAUAAUCAAUCGUCGUUACGAUAUAAUAAUUAAUAAAUUACGCUUAUGAUUAUAUAGAAACAAUUUAUCAAUGUACUUAUUACGUGUGCAUUUGCGAUUUUAUAGUAUUAAUAUAUAUUGAUGUUUAUGUCAUUGCGACCAUUUGACUGUAAAAUUAUUUUCAUCUGAUUAUUAUUAUUCUCAUUAUGCAUAUUAGCAUAAUUAUGUGAGUAAGAGAUGUGUAUGUACAUGCAUUUAUGUAUAUGCAAGUAAAUCAAUAUUUUACUUAAAAAAUAAUGUAAUUAAAAACGAUUACGUUAUUAAAUUUUGCAUUUUCGAUAUUAUAUUUAAGAAAAUGUAAAUAGGAAGCGAACUUUUUCGUUAUUCAUUUUUCAUCAUUACAUUGUAAAUUUUUUACGAUGAAAAAAAAAGAUAUAUAUAUUAAUAUAUAUACAUAUAUAUUAAUUAUUUCAUAAUUUCUCAUAAAUUCUUUUUUUUUUUCUUUUUUGAUUUUUCUCGCUUCAAUUAUGAUAAUGAAGAUAAAGUUUAUUGCGUGUUUGUAAAGCCUAAAUAGAAUCGAUUGUAUAAGUA